AUGACAGAAAAAUCAUUGAGGACUUUAUGGUAUAUGGGUGUGCUGCAUCUUCUGAAAGAUGGCUGUGACCAAUUCUGUCUACACUCUUUUGCACUUGUAGGCAUUGAAACCAUCAAGAAGCUCCUGACUCUGAGUUCUCCAUUUAUAUUUACUGCAGAGGCAACUGUUAAGCCAGACCACUUCAUUGAAGCAGAUAUCAAAAUGCUCCUUGAUGAACUUGAGUCAGCUGAUAUUACAACUGAAACAAUUGGUUGUAUGUCAGACAUCUCUCUUGACACUGAAGCUUGGCUUCUGCUUCGAGUUUGA